ACUGAAAGCAUUCCGCAAAGAAUCAAAAAGAAACAAAAAACACAAGAAAAAACAAGCAAAUGAAUCCUCUUAUGUGGCACAAAGUAGCAGCUCUCUCUGGUGUAGCGGCUCUUGGGUUGGGAACAUACGGCGCCCAUGGCUUCAAGCCCAAGAACCCUUCUUACAAAGAGGUAUGGCACACAGCAUCUCUCUAUCAUUUGGUUCACACAGCAGCUCUGCUUGCAGCUCCUUUAACUAAACGCCCAAAUAUUUUUGGAGGCCUAUUGACUACUGGAAUAGUGGCCUUUUCUGGGACGUGUUAUGCUGUGGCAUACCUAGAAGACAGAAAGUACUCUCGAUUGGCCCCGUUUGGUGGGUUUGCCUUCGUUGGUGCUUGGGCGAGCUUGCUGUUCUAGAAAAAGUUCGUAUUCAUGAUGUGAUAAUGGCUAUGGAACUGAAGUUAAUUUUACCAGUUUCUGGUAACAAUGUCCAUCAGUUAUCAUCUAUUUUAAUGGAUACUUAUGGAAAAGUGUUUUUCUUUUUUCUCUCUUUUAGUUGACAUUGAUAUCAAAUUUCACAUACUGUAUGUCUUACUUCUCCAUCUGUUUUGGUUCAGUUUGUCGCUUGUGAGUUUGAUUCUUUCACAUAGUAGUUGUCGUUUUAUCAUUUUC